AUGCCGCAAACACGAAUUCGACCACAUCGUAAAGUGAGAUCUGGCUGCGUGGAAUGUAAAUCACGGAAGAUCAAGUGCGACGAAGGCCGGCCACAAUGUUCUCUGUGCAAGAGAUACUCAACAUCAUGCAUCUACCGAACCUCACGAACAAAGCCAACGACGAACUCUUUAUUGCAUACAAGAGCCAUUUGCGUGCAGCUCUCCAAGAAUAGUACGAUUGAGCCAACCGCCCGCGGCACGGACUUGCAGCUACAAGAACUAGAGCUGCUCCACCGCUGGACUACACUUGCGUGUCGGGGCUUUGGCGACAAGCCAAUCGAUAUCGAGGCAUGGCAAUUCGACAUCCCUCAAGUUGCCUGCAGACAUCCGUUCUUGAUGCAUGGGAUACUGGCCAUUUCAGCACUGCACAAGUCACGCACUGAACCGGAAGUCAGCCAGAAGUAUCUCGUCUGUGCUGUCCAUCAUCAAAACCGAGCACUCCCAUUCUACCGUAACGUCAUUGAUGACUUGAAGGAGAAGAUGACGGAGGAGAACUGUCACGCAGUCAUGGCUUUUGCGAGUCUUACCAUUGCAUUUGCCUUUGCUGACCUCGACGCUGUCAUGGGCUGUGGGUUCAGCGGGCCACCACGAUCCGCUGUCCCGGAAUGGAUUCAUCUUCUCCGGGGUGGUCGUAAGCUUCUUCAAGUUGUGAAGGCCUGGAUUAUCAAGGGACCUAUGGCUUUUCACCUACGUCAGCCCGAAGGCAAUAUCAAUCUUUCUCAAAGCCCCGAUGAUGCGAGGCUGGCUGUCCUCGAGGCUCUUUUCGACGAGCAUAAUUCACCACAUUCCUUAUCAAACGGUGAAAGGCAAAUCUAUUGCACGACAUUGAGAUUUCUUCGUGAGAGUUUCGCAAUUUCAUUGUUACCGGACCCACCUCUGGGUAUCAAGUUUUGCAUGUUCUUGUGGAUGGAACGCCUUCCUCAGGAAUACCUCGAACUUCUGGAUCGGCGCAAACCCCAGGCAGCUAUCCUGCUUGCCCAUUUUUGUAUCCUCAUGGAGAGGGGUGCGGCAUCUUGCUGGUACAUGGUAGGCGCCGCCGAAAAGCUCGUGACCACCCUGUAUCAUACUAUGGACGAGGAGUGGAGGGCGUGGAUGGCCUGGCCUCUUGAGCAGAUCAACCACGCUGAUCUCACCUAUAGUUGA